AAGAUUUUGAAGAAGAAUUUAUAAUUAUAUAGUAAUGGGGGAGGUUGGUUUUCAAGGGGGGAGGAGGGUUUGCAGAGAUAAGAUAAUUGGCCAAUCAGAGAGAGGUAAAAGUAAUAAUAAUAAUAAUGUUGUAAUUGUUCGGCCAAGAAAUACGGCGGCGGCUCCGACGACAAUGAGGGCGGCGGCGCCGGCGUUCAAGAAAGUUGAGAUAGUGUACUAUCUCUCUAGAAAUGGCCACCUUGAGCAUCCUCAUUACAUGGAAGUCACCUAUCUUUCUCAUCAACAACUUCGCCUCAAAGAUGUUAUGGAUCGCCUCACAGUACUCAGGGGUAAAGGGAUGCCUUCACUCUACUCUUGGUCUUGCAAAAGGAGCUACAAGAAUGGAUAUGUGUGGAAUGAUUUAUCAGUAAACGAUGUUAUUCAUCCAUCACAAGGUACUGAAUUUGUGCUCAAAGGAUCUGAACUCAUUCACGCAGACAAAUUGCACCAUGACCUUCAAUUGGGCAAUGUUGUUCAGCCGAAACGCAAGUCUUUACCUUCAAACCGACAACAACACGAGCCCGAAGAAAUGUCGAAAAAUAAUCAUAAUAACAAUAAUCAUUGUGAUAAUUAUCAUAUCGAAGAAGAAGAGGAGGAAGAAGAAUUUAAAGAACAAGUAGAACCACAUAAAAAUGGCGCCUCUGAUUUGUUAUUAUCCUCGUUUUCUUCCCCUCCGUCGACCACUUCUUCCACGGUUUCCGACAAGGCGAAUAAUGACAUCAUAAUUACCAAUAUUAAUACUAAUACUAAUAAUAAUAUUAGCGCUUCUAAGAGAUAUGAAGAUGGUGAUCAAGUAGGCAAUGAGCCUGCACUGAGCAUCAACUCGAUGCUGCUCAGCCUCAUUGCCUGUGGCGGCUCAGCUUCGUUCAGGAAGACUGUGCCGCCACCGGUUGUGAAGCCACCACUACCGCCUUGCACUAUCGGGAGCGGUGGUGGCGGCAGAGUGGUGGUGAAGGUGGCGGUAGAGGAGGAUGAGAUUAUGAUGGGACGGAUUUCCGAGAAUCCGAGGCGGUUCGGGAAAUUGCAAGCAGAAGAAAAAGAGUAUUUUAGUGGGAGCAUAGUGGAGGCAAUGAGUAUGGAAAGAAUUGAGGUUCAGCCUGGAUUAUUGAAGAAAUCAUCUUCCCACAGUGAAGAAAGGAGCAAUGUAAUUGGUUUGAGAGAAGCAGCAGAUGAAGUAGAAAGAGAGAAAGGGUUGAAAGGGAAAUGCAUUCCAAGGAAGAAGUCAUCUGCUAAACAUUAA